AGUUCGAGUGGGGUUGCAACAUUUAUUAAUGUCCAAAACAACUUAACCAAUAUGACGAGUGGUUUAAAAAUGAAUCUAUCAUCAAUAACAAAAAAUUUAACCGAUUUAAAAAGCAAUCUAACAACAAAUAUAAGUAAUUUAACCAAUUCCAUCGAAUCAACCACGAGUAAUGCAAAUGCUAAUAAAACUUCGAGUGAACCAGAAAUCGGGUUCACCUUGGAUCUUAACCAGAGAGACCAGGAAGUGGCAGUUACUGUCACCAGGGCAAAAAAUUUGCCGACGAAGUUUGGACUUAAACAAGUUAAAGGAUACUUUUUAAAGGUGAAGCUUUACCCAGGCCAAAAGAAAUACGAAUCGAAUACAGUUCCUGUAACCAAUUCCUCAGACACAAUUUUCAACGAAGUUUUCAGAUUCAGUGUAUCGAGGGAUCCAAAUAAAGAUAUCGAUAAAAAUAAUUCUUCAAAAUUUGAAAAAUUUAGCCAAAAAUUUAUACAAAAAUUUGGCCAGAAAAAUAAGUCAGAUGACGCAGGCAAAGAGGAAAACAUUAAUAAAAAUUUUAAUGCUAAUGAUGCAAUAGAUCUAAAUGGAUUCUUCGUGACAAUUACUCUUUGUGCCAGUAUGAGUGAUUUAAUGAUAAAUGAAAAUACGUAUAAAUGGAGCAAACAAGUGAAUAAUUCAAAUGUUCAAAUAACACAAAUUAAUGCAUUGUGAUAUAAUAUAAGUGGUGAAACCAAUCGAAACUGGAGCCGGUUCCAAAUCCGCUUCUUUCAUAUAAAGGAUAAACAUGUGAUGGAAUAAAAAUUAUAGGGAUAAGAAAUAAUUUAAAAAUAAUUG